UGUUCAACUCCAAACAUGCUGGUGGCUGUGCUGCUCCCCUUCUUGUGCUGCCUGGGUAGUGCUGCUGCUGGGAAGCUGCUGGUGAUCCCGAUGGAGGGCAGUCACUGGCUCAGCAUGAAGGAAGUGCUGAUUGAACUGAGUAAGAGAGGGCAUGAAAUAAUUGUCAUGGCACCAGAGAUGAAAACAGUCGUAGAUUCUUCAGAGUGGUACACACUGAAAAGUUACCCUGUACCUUUCAAACAGGAAGAGAUGGAAGAACUUCUGCAUUCACUUACUGCAAACAGUAUUAAUGAGGAGCCUUUUAUUUCCAGAUUUUUGGGUAUUUGGGAGCUUUUUAAAAAGAGUUCUGCCAUCUUUGAAGCUGCUUGCCGUUCCCUACUGCACAAUAAAGAGAUGAUGAAAUUUAUUGAAGAAAGCAAAUUUGAUGUACUGUUAACAGAUCCUGUGACACCAUGUGGACAAAUAAUUGCUUUGCAUUUUUCUAUUCCUACUGCUUUCUUCUUGCGGGCUAUCCCAUGUGCUAUAGACACUCAUGCCGCUCAGAGUCCAGACCCACCGUCCUACGUCCCACGAAUGUUCUCCCUCAAUACAGACCAUAUGACAUUUCCUCAGAGAGUCAAGAACGUUCUGAUCAGCAUUUCAGAGGCUUUCACCUGCAGAAUCAUCUUUUCACCAUUUGAAAGACUGGCCUCAGACUUUCUCCAAAAGCCGAUGACAGUUACAGAGCUUUUAAGCCAUGGAUCCAUUUGGCUGAAGAGACUUGACUUUGUCUUUGACUACCCCACACCCGUGAUGCCCAAUAUGAUUUUCAUUGGAGGCAUAAACUGUGCACGGAAGAGGCCUUUAUCUCAGGUCAGUGACUGGCUGGGAAAAGUAUAACAAGGGAGAAGUUCC